AUGGAGACGCCGGCUUCAGGUCCAGCUUCAGAGGCUGCGGCUGCUGCUCCAAAGCCAGCUCCAAAGCCACAGAACCCGGCCCUGCGCAUGCUAGGGCUUCCAAAUAUUAAGCUGAGGCUCCCAUCGAGGAAUUGGAUGAUAUUCCUGACUGUGACCGGUUCGUUCAUAGGCGCCUUGGUAUACGAUCGCCGUGAAAAGAAGAAGAUACAAGAGAAAUGGGCAAAUAUGGUAGCUCACCUUGCCGAUGAACCACUACGGACCACCGAAGCGCGAAGGAAGAUCACUGUAUUUUUGUCUGCCCCUCCGGGGGACAGCAUGCGCAACGCAAGGGACCAUUUUCGCGACUACGUGAAACCGAUACUCGUCUCUGGAGCGUUGGACUAUGAAGUCAUUGAGGGACGACGAGAAGGAGACCUCAGAGCUGCGAUCGCAAGCAGAAUUCGCCGGAAAAGAGAGCUGGCUGGCGAGGCAGGCCCGCUACCUGAACCUGAUCUCCAAACUGCAGACUUCGAGACCAGACUCCGACAUAUAAGAGAGGCUACCGGUGUCCACGACGAGCCAGAGACGAAAGGAGAUCUCGUGCUUGGUAGACAUGCAUGGAAAGAGUAUAUCCGCGGCAUCCAUGAAGGCUGGCUGGGGCCUUUGAUAGACCCUGCCUCCCUCAAACCUGAAGCGGCAGAAGACAGCACCCCGCAAGAGCCACUACUACCAGAUACACCAGAUCAGACAUCAACGGAAGAGCCAGCAAAGGAUGAGAAAAAAGAAGCCGAGAAACCAGCUGAAAAGCCAAAACCCAGUGGCCCCCCAGCCUCGUACCUCCUCCCAUCCGCAUAUAGCACUCACCAAAUCUCCUCCGUUGCCCCCGCUGAAUUCGACGGCUCAGCUCCCAUCGCAUUCCCCCAUAUACUAGGUUUCCUCAACACUCCCAUCCGAAUGUAUCGAUUCCUCAACCGUCGCCGUAUGGCUGAUACAGUCGGAGAGCAAGUUACUGCCGCUGUAUUGGCUUCCUCUAUAAGACCUUACACCGACAGCACACAUAGCCCUGAGUCCGAUUACUCCUCCGUUACCCAGAGCCAGCCUCAGGAACCCGCAUCUGAAACUUCAAUCUCCCCACCAGACGCAGACGCAAGCGCAAGCGAGCAGCAAUCUGUUCUUCAGGUGGAGGAAAAAGACUGGCACAAGUCGGCUUACAAACAGCCCACUGACCCAGCUGAGAUCAGGGAGGAGCGUGAAUGGACAGAUCCCAUGACUCUUGAUCCACGGGUUUCAUCGAGGAUGCGCAAAUUCGUCCUCUCCCCUGACGAGCUUGCUCGAUCCCAGCGUAUUGCCGAGGGUAAGGAGUGGGUUAUUGGCAAAGAGAAGCCGGCCCAUGUUCCGCUCUGGAAAUCUCUGUGGACCAACUAUGGCUGGGGAGAGGAAGAGAAUCCAAGGACUAAAGUCAUUAUUGGAAACUUAGACGGUGAAGAUGGCGAGUAA